GCUGCUGCCUCUCCCAGCCCAAAUCCACUCCCCCCUAAGGUGGGGAAGGGAAUUUGGAGCCUCCCCUGUCUGUGGAUGUCACACUGUUACAGCAUCAUGUCUCCCUCUCAAAGGCUCUGUGGGGUGGUGCAGCCUUGAUGACCCCACACUCACCCCCAUUCUCUCUCCCCAUUUCCUGGGGGGUGUCCAGGGAAGAUAAUAGUAUCAUGGCUGCACCAGUUACAAAGUCUCCAAGGACCCUCCUGAACUCAUUCUCCCCAGGACCCUGGAUGGAGUGUGGUGCCCCUAACCCUCCUGCUGCUGCUCUGGGGGCCCCUGGCCCUAAUGGAGACCCCGGAGGGUUCCAACUCCCUGAGGAUUUUCCACACCGCGAUGUCCCGGCCCGGCCUUGGGGAGCCCCACUACCUGGCCGUGGGCUACGUGGACGACACGCAGUUCGGGCGGUUCGACAGCGACUCUCCAGGCCAGAGUGUGGAGCUGUGGGCGCCCUGGGCGGGGCAGGUGGGGCAGGAGGACCUGGAUGAGGAGACUCAGAGGCAAAGAUACAACGCACAGUGGUUCGAAACUCUCCUGAGGGACCUGCGUGGCCGCUACAACCAGAGCGAGGAUGGGUCUCACACUCUCCAGAAAAUGUGUGGCUGUGAAGUGGGGCCCCACGGGAACCUCCUCGGCGGGUAUGAGAAGUUCGCCUACGACGGCGCGGAUUUCAUCUCCCUGAGCAAGGACCUGCGCUCCUGGACCCCCGCGGACUCGGGGGCUCAGAUCACCCAGCGCGCGUGGGAGGCGGCGGGCAGGGCCAAGCAAGUCAGGGACAGUGUGCAGAGCAGGUGCUUCCCAUGGCUCCUCAGACUCCUGGAGAUGGGGAAGGAGGUGCUGCAGCGCACAGAUCCCCCAAAGGCACAAGUGACCCUCCAUCUCACCUCUGACCAUGAGGUCACCCUGAAGUGCUGGGCCCUGGGCUUCUACCCUGCGGACAUCACCCUCUCCUGGCAGCGAGAUGGGGAGAACCUGACUCAAGACACAGAGCUGGUGGAGACCAGGCCUGGGGGUGAUGGAAACUUCCAGAAGUGGGCAGCUGUGGUGGUGCCUCCUGGAGAGGAGCAGAGAUACACAUGCCAUGUGCAGCAUGAGGGGUUGGAGGAGCUCCAAGUCCUGAGAUGGGUGCCCCCUCCUCAGUCCUUCAACCCCAACGUGGCCAUCAUUGCUGGCCCAGUCCUUGGAGCUGUGCUCACUGGAGCUGCGGUGGCUGCAGCUGUGAUGUGGAGGAAGAAGCGCUCAGGUGAAGAAGGAAGAAGCUACACUCUGGCUCCAGCUCUUGUUUGACACUGAGAUUCCCGCCCUGCUGAUGCCCCAAAGAGGAAGAGGCUGGACACUGAUUCCCUCAGAUGUACCAGGGUCAGGAUAACCGGGAGGCUGACGACAAGUUCUGGGGCUGAACAGGACGGACACUGGGAGUGUCAGCUGUGACGGGCUGUUCUGAUGGGCUGUUUGCUCAGAACAUGAAGGUUUCUCAGAGCAGAGAGCACCGGGAGGACACACAGGAGAGAAACGUGUGGAGAAGCCGCCUUGCUUCUUGGCUUUGCACUUGAACUGGGAACUUAGAGACGUAGAAGGAGACGCCUGGAAGACACCAUGAUGGCCUGAGUUGGAUCCCUAGCCAGGUAGCUGACCCCCGUGGCGCGGCAGACCUCUCCUGUCGUGCCUGGUGCUCCCCUCAGCAGUGUAUUUCAGUAGAUCUGCCUGUUCCGUUCCCCACUUUGUCUCUGAUGAAUCCUCUCACCAUUGCAACCCCCACCACCUCUGGCCUUCACCCCAGCUCUUCUGCACAUAAGUAAAUAUAUCUUAAAAAAGUGUUUGUUUUCAUAAAUCCAAUAAAGUUCUGUUUCCCCUUUUCUUUAAUAGAUAAUUGGAAAUACGGGUAUUUUACCAAGGCUUUGUCUGGAAUGUUGUGUUUUCAGAAACCAGACUGAUCUCAGAGCCUACAAGGAAACAAUAACCUGGCACUUGUUUUAGGGGUACAAAAGGUCUGUCAUGAGUGUAAAGAAUAACCCCUUGUGAGGCCCAGAAACCCCAGAUGUCUUGGGAACCUCAAGAGAGGGUUCCUGGAAGAUCUAGGUACUGCAGGCCAAAUCUGAUGGUGAGACCUUGGUGUGGUCCUGAGCCCUGACUCCUGGCUUUCAGAAGCUCUUAGUCUGAGGGUUCUUAUAAGUUCCAACAAAGCAAAAUUAAAAGGUCUGCAUAAUAAUUUCUGUUCCUGUUGAAUUCAUGCAAACUGACUGUGAUGGUGUAGUGUCUGGGUGAGGCCGGGACCUGAUAACAGUCUGGAGGCUGAACAUGCUGGAUACCAGGAACAAUAACUGUGACAGGCUGUUCUGACAGCUCUUUGCUGUGACUGUCUGUGUGUAACUGAUUAUAACAAGGCCAGCUGGAGAUGAGACGGGCCCUUCAGGGUGCGAUGCCCCCCAUUCUCUCAGAUCAAUGGCCAGUGAUCUGAAAAGUGAAAGUGCCUGUAGAUUCCAUUCCUGGCUCUGCUUGUGGCUUUCUGGUGGUGAUGGUGAAGGGUCCAUGCAGGAGGCCUGAAUGCAAAAGCCCACCACGAAGCCCACCUGAGGGCAGGAAUGCGGAAGCUGCCUGGAGGAUUCAGACAAUGAGGCUCCCCCCUCCCCCUAUGGGUCUCUUCUCAGACAAAGAACCUCUACUUGCCCCAUGAAUCUUUUCAUGCCCUACAAAGUUCUUCCCACCUUAUGAACCCAAUUUCCCACCUGACCUCUCCUCACUCUAUAAAAGCCUGCCUCCCCCUGACAAUGUGCGCGGCUUUACUGACCCCCACCUUGGGUCCGUGAAGCUCUCCCGGGCGCACAACAAAUUUUCCCCAUCUUUGAGAAACUUAGCCUGGCUCUU